UAGCUCGUAGACUUCGGUGCUACUAGUCGGGGUGAUUGACUCCUUGCUGUGAGUAAAGGUGAGCUUAUGUUGCGCUUCACAGCACCCUACCAUGUUCUCUACCUCCUUUAUUGCCCUUCUCCUUCGCAGCAUAAUCCUCCUACUGGUUGUGUACCAAGUGACAUGGACUUACGCAAGGGUUCGUGACGUUCCCGGACCACUACUCGCCAAGUUUACGAACCUCUGGCGACUCAUCGUCGUCUGGCGGCGAGAUUCUCAUGACGUCUACGUGAAGCUCCACGAGAAGUACGGUGACCUAGUCCGCCUCGGACCGAACUGCGUCAGUAUUUGCAAGCCGGACGUGAUCCAGAGCAUUUACGGCAUCCAGAAGGGCUUCGUCAAGUCCGAUUUUUAUGCAGUCUGGCAGAACGUUAUCAAUGGGAAACGGACUCCUUCUCUAGUGUUUACGACCGAUGAGGCACAGCAUGCGGCUAUGAAGCGGCCAAUUGCGCCAGCCUUCUCAUUAUCAACGCUCGUUGAGUUUGAGCCGCUGAUCGACUCCACGACUGCCGUCUUCCUGUCAAGGUUGGACGAAUUGUAUGCAUCCACAGCAUCUGUCUGUGAUCUGGGAAAGUGGCUGCAGUACUAUGCCUUUGAUGUGAUUGGCGAACUAACUUUCUCCAAGCGACUCGGCUUUCUCGAGUCGGGCACAGACGUUGAGAACAUUGUGUCGUCUGUGGCAGCGAACUUCGACCGAUGUUCCGUUUUGGGACAAAUGCCGUGGCUCGACUACCUGACGUACAAAAACCCUAUCUACCUGCGCUUCUUCGCUAAACCAGUAUCGUCUCCCGUCAUCAGCUUCGGGCAACGGCGCUUACAGGAAAGACUGAAAGGCGGAGAUGACGACGAGUCUGGAGACGGCCCUACAUUCCGAGAUCCUGCCCUGAGGGCGAAGGUGCUGCAUGGCACGACCCCAAACAAGCCUGACUUCCUUUCGCGCUAUCUGGUGUUACAGAAAGAGCAACCUGACCUUGUUACCGAUCGACAACUGUUAACAUACCUCUUCAUCAACAUCAAUGCCGGCAGUGACACCAUAGGCUCGACUCUACGCGCGGUCUUCUACUACCUGCUCAAGAACCCAUCGUCAAUGACCGAACUUCAAGUCGAACUGAAAGACGCACGACAUGCUGGGAAGCUAUCUGCACCGUUGGGCACGUGGACAGAAUGUCAAGCUCUACCAUACCUAGGCGCAGUGAUCAAAGAAGCGAUCCGACUGAAUCCCGCCCUGGCUCUCCCGCUCGAACGAGUCGUGCCCGCCGCAGGUCUCCAAAUCGGUGACGUGCAUCUGCUCCCCGGUACCAUUGUCGGCAUCAAUCCAUGGGUCUUGCAGCGUGACAAGCGUAUAUUCGGCGACGACGCUGCGGAUUGGCAGCCGCGUAGAUGGCUCCACCCGAACACAGAGAAGGUGAAGUACAUGGAUCAGCACAUACUAUCUUUCGGUGCUGGCAAGCGCACAUGCUUAGGGAGACACAUUGCCAUGCUCGAGCUUACCAAGCUUGUCCCAGCGUUGGUCAUGCGGUAUGACAUGAGGUUGGCGGAGCCGGACAAGGAUUGGCGCGUGCACAAUUCGUGGGCGGUCAGGCAAGAGGGUUUGAACGUUAUCCUUAAACGUCGCGAGUAGCUUUGCUUAAUUGUUUAAGCAGAGGACAAACAUCCACUUACUCUGAGAUGGUGGCAGUGACGUCUGUGGUCCCAACCCGAUUGGCUACUCAUAAGCUAGACGAUAUCUGUUGAUAGGCUACCCUCUUGGAAUGCUGUACGUGACCUGGAC